AAACUCGGUAAAUUCAUUCACCAAAGACUUUGUAAUAUUAUUUUCAAGUCUUUGGAGUUCUCUUUUAGACUCAAAAUGGCUGGCAAUAUGACAAGAAUCAUCUCCAAAUUCAAGUCUUCUUAUUGUCUUGUUGAUGGUAGCUUUCCCUUGAAUCUAGUAACAAGGAGAGGGUAUUGUGCAACACAAGCAGAAGAAGGGUCGGCAAAAAAGGAUCAUCAACAAAAAUUAGUGAAAGAUGAGAGGGCAAAUUCUGUUUCUUCAGAGUCAUCAUGGGUACCAGACCCUGUCACUGGAUAUUACAAGCCUUCAACUCAGACUGAAGAAGGGAUUAUCAACAAAAAUAACAACAAAAACACUAAUAAACCAUAGUUGAAAGAAAAAAUCCAAAAGGAAAAUAUUACUACUAUGUAUCAAUUUAAUUAUAUAUACUAUAGUAGCUUAAUUGUUGUUCCCUAA